AUGAUGGCAACCGCGGUCUCGAAGCCAAGCCCCCAUCCUCCGAAGAUGAAGCGGCCGCCCCCGCCUUUCCCCCAGACUGGGUCAAAUGGUGUCAAACCCCAGCAAGCGUUGUCCUCUUCACCAAAAAUCACACAGGAACCUCUCACUCAGGGCUCUCAUGUGGUGGCACAGCAAAUAGUAGGAAAUGAUGGCCUCAAUUCCCCUAGCAAUGCCAAUGGCGCAUCAAAUCCAGUCAAACCGCAUGCACAACGAGGUGAUGAAACCGCCUCACGAAAAACCCGUGCAACGACACGAAACUCAUCUGCGCCAGACCAGACUCGGUCUCCAAGCUCGGGCGCUGGACCUUAUGUGAAAACCACUUCAUACAUCUUGAAGAAAUACGCGAAGAGCGCCCCUUCACUCAUACUUCAUCUUCACCCAACACAUUUUCGAUUCGAUCAGCAAGAUGGAAGCUUUCCCUAUAACUCGGAGAUGAAGGUCAUCCUUGAACACAUCCGCGCCGGAACGAUUCCACAUGAAAUUAUCGAGGAAUUACUGCGCGGCGGUGUGAGGUUCUACGAAGGAUGCCUCAUCGUGCGUGUGGUUGAUCACAAGUCCGUUUCCGCGCAAGCGCAAAAAACAUCUGUCUCGACGACCACAGAGACCAAUUCUCCCUAUUCUCUUCAUAACUACAAUGAACAUAUCACUCCCUCCGCCUUCGUUCCUUACCCCAAACAGACUCAGCUAAAUGCUGAUUCUCAAUCCUCGAAAUCGUCCCAAGAUUCCGGCGCUGUGUCUAAUCAUCUUGGGCAUCAAAAAGGUGAUGAUAAAGCUGAAGCGCCGAAAGAUACGACUUCAUCCAACGCGAAGGAUACGUCGACAAAACCCAGGGUCUUCACCACCGUCCUUCACCCCACUCCCCGAGUCCUACAAGCGGAACUCACACUCUUUGUUACAACGCCCGACCCUCAAGCCGCUUCUCUCAACCAAAAUUCGCAUCUUCAAUCAUCUUCCACCGUUCCGCAGUCUCCCACUGUGGCACAGCCGGAUCGAGGGAACCCUCAGAAACGACAGAAGACUCUUGUGGAGCCGCAAGACCUAGUUGAAUGCGAGUCAAUGCUCGUGAACAGUCUAGCUCCCCAACUCUACCUGGGCCUCGCAAAUAACUUCGAAGAGACACAAGCUUUGUUGAAGUUCUUGCGAAGCCCACUUCAUAAUGACCCGCCACCUUCGCCGAAACGACGUAAGAGAACCGUGGCUGAGCUCGCUGCCGACGAAGCACUUGCCGCCGAGGAGGAACGCUUUAUGCUUAUCAUGGAUGAGCGUCUACCAAACUCUUCUAGUGCGCCUGGUGCUUCCAAGGCUACCACCGUGGACGAGACUUCCGGAGUGGCGCCAUUUGAGCCUCGCUUCUCACGUUUCAAGACACUUGAAACGAUUCGCAUGCAACAUGAGGAAAAGGCUAAGCAGGAACAUGAGCUUAAGCUCAAGCAGGAAAUUGCUAAGCGUCAGCAGCAGGAGCAAGAGAAGGAACGGCGUCGUGUGUUGGAGAUUCAACAAGCAGAGCAGCAUGCCAAAGACGAAGCUCGCAGACAGCAGCUUGCAGCCCAGCAGGCGCAGGCUCAGCUCGCGGCCCAGAACCGUCAUACCAUGGCUCAGCCGAAUGGUGUUGCUCAAGCACAGCAGUCCUCACCCGUUGUGCGCCAACAGACGCCGCAUAGCAUUUCAUCACCCCUCGUGGGUAGCGCCAUGGCAGGCCAGGCACCUGCUAUGAGCAUCAGCGCUUCUCAGCAAUCAGGAAGUCCUCCAAGGCCGCCAUCUUCCUUGCAGCACCCUCAUUCUAACAUGAUGAGCCACCCCAUGUCCGCUUCUAGGAGUCAGCAAGGGCCUAGUAGACACUCGACACCACAGAUGGCGCAGGCAACGCCGGCCAUGUCACAGGCAACGCCUAUCAUCCGUAACGUGACUCCUACACAACGCAUGAACCAAGGAAGCCCGGUAGGCACCAUGGCUCAAACGCCCAUGAUGAAUCCAAGCAUGUCUCAGAAUUCACUCAUGAACGGUGCUCCUAUGGGGCUGACUCCUCAGCAACAGCAGAUGCUGUUGCAGCGACAAAUCCUUGCUCAACAGCAGGGUGGCCAAAUGGGCAGCAUGUCUCAAUUGACACCUCAGCAGCUUGCUCAAUUGCAAGCCAAUGCACAUGCUACCCAAAACAUUAAGUCAGCACAGCAACAACAACAACUCCUACAGGCGCAGCAGGCGCAGAACCAACAGCACCAAGCACAAUCAAAUAUGCCAACUAUGCCACAACAUAACCAUCAAGCAUACCAAGCACAACUCAGGCGCGCACAGCUUGCGCAAAUGCAAAUGGUGAAGCAACAGGGUGGUCAGAUGCAACAAGGCCAGGCAAAUCAGCAGCAGCCUCAGCAGCAACAAAUGCAGUUGCAGCAGCAACUACAGCAGCAGCAGCAGUCUCAGCAGCUAUCUCAUCAGGGUAGCCCUCAAAUGACGGCGCAACAACAGCAGCAGCAGCAGCAACAGCAGAUGUUGAUGGCAGCUGCUCAAGCCAACGGUGGUCAAGUUCCGACCGCCCAGAAUGCAAACAUGGUACGGUACAAUCGACUGUAUCAGAAUCGUCUUAUGACCUUGCGACAAGAAAUGAGUCAACGACUCAUGGCUCAGUAUGGUCCACCGAACCAGUACCCCCCGCAGCUUGCUCAACAGUAUACUGCUGGGUUGGAGAAAAAUGCCAAGGCAUGGAUUGCUGAUUUGAUGCGGCGCGAUCGUGAAGCUUUCACACAGCAACGAGCGCAGGCACUUGCUAUGCAAAAUCAGCAAAUGCAGCAACAGAAUAUGAUGCACAAUGGAAUGGGCAAUUGA